AUGUCCUGUGGUCUUCAAGAUGCACCUCCUGCCACGGGACGCCACCGGGGACGCCACCCACGACACUGGGACGCCACCCACGACACUGGGACGCCACCCACGACACUGGGACGCCACCCACGACACUGGGACGCCACCCACGACACUGGGACGCCACCCGCGACACUGGGACGCCACCCGCGACACUGGGACGCCACCCGCGACACUGGGACGCCACCCACGACACUGGGACGCCACCCACGACACUGGGACGCCACCCGCGACACUGGGACGCCACCCACGACACUGGGACGCCACCCGCGACACUGGGACGCCACCCGCGACACUGGGACGCCACCCGCGACACUGGGACGCCACCCGCGACACUGGGACGCCACCCACGACACUGGGACGCCACCCACGACACUGGGACGCCACCCGCGACACUGGGACGCCACCCGCGACACUGGGACGCCACCCGCGACACUGGGACGCCACCCACGACACCGGGACGCCACCCACGACACUGGGACGCCACCCGCGACACUGGGACGCCACCCGCGACACUGGGACGCCACCCACGACACCGGGACGCCACCCACGACACCACGACGCCACCCGCGACACUGGGACGCCACCCGCGACACUGGGACGCCACCCGCGACACUGGGACGCCACCCGCGACACUGGGACGCCACCCGCGACACUGGGACGCCACCCGCGACACUGGGACGCCACCCGCGACACUGGGACGCCACCCGCGACACUGGGACGCCACCCACGACACUGGGACGCCACCCACGACACUGGGACGCCACCUGCGACACUGGGACGCCACCCGCGACACUGGGACGCCACCCGCGACACUGGGACGCCACCCACGACACCGGGACGCCACCCACGACACCGGGACGCCACCCACGACACCGGGACGCCACCCACGACACUGGGACGCCACCCACGACACUGGGACGCCACCCACGACACUGGGACGCCACCCACGACACUGGGACGCCACCCACGACACUGGGACGCCACCCACGACACUGGGACGCCACCCACGACACUGGGACGCCACCCACGACACUGGGACGCCACCCACGACACUGGGACGCCACCCAAGACACUGGGACGCCACCCACGACACUGGGACGCCACCCACGACACUGGGACGCCACCCGCGACACUGGGACGCCACCCGCGACACUGGGACGCCACCCACGACACUGGGACGCCACCCACGACACUGGGACGCCACCGGGGACGCCACCCACGACACCGGGACGCCACCAACGACACCGGGACGCCACCCACGACACCGGGACGCCACCAACGACACCGGGACGCCACCCACGACACCGGGACGCCACCCACGACACCGGGACGCCACCCACGACACCGGGACGCCACCGGGACGCCACCCCGACACCGGGACGCCACCCACGACACUGGGACGCCACCCACGACACUGGGACGCCACCCACGACACUGGGACGCCACCCACGACACUGGGACGCCACCCACGACACUGGGACGCCACCACGACACUGGGACGCCACCCAUGACACUGGGACGCCACCCACGACACUGGGACGCCACCCACGACACUGGUACGCCACCCGCGACACUGGGACGCCACCCGCGACACUGGGACGCCACCCACGACACUGGGACGCCACCCACGACACUGGGACGCCACCGGGGACGCCACCCACGACACCGGGACGCCACCCACGACACCGGGACGCCACCCACGACACCGGGACGCCACCCACGACACCGGGACGCCACCCACGACACCGGGACGCCACCCACGACACCGGGACGCCACCCACGACACCGGGACGCCACCCACGACACCGGGACGCCACCCACGACACCGGGACGCCACCCCACGACACCGGGACGCUACCCACGACACUGGGACGCCACCCACGACACCGGGACGCCACCCACGACACUGGGACGCCACCCACGACACCGGGACGCCACCCACGACACCGGACGCCACCCACGACACCGGGACGCCACCCACGACACCGGGACGCCACCCACGACACCGGGACGCCACCCACGACACCGGGACGCCACCCACAACACCGGGACGCCACCGGGACGCCACCCACGACACCGGGACGCCACCCACGACACCGGGACGCUACCCACGACACCGGGACGCCACCCACGACACCUGGACGCCACCGGGGACGCCACCCACGACACCGGGACGCCACCCACGACACCGGGACGCCACCCACGACACCGGGACGCCACCGGGGACGCCACCCACGACACCGGGACGCCACCCACGACACCGGGACGCCACCGGGGACGCCACUCACGACACUGGGACGCCACCCACGACACUGGGACGCCACCCACGACACCGGGACGCCACCCACGACACUGGGACGCCACAGGGGACGCCACCCACUACACUGGGACGCCACCCACGACACCGGGACGCCACCGGGACGCCACCCACGACACCGGGACGCCACCCACGACACCGGGACGCCACCCAUGACACCGGGAUGCCACCCACGACACGGGACGCCACCCACGACACCGGGACGCCACCCACGACACCGGGACGCCACCCACGACACCGGGACGCCACCCACGACACCGGGACGCCACCCACGACACCGGGACGCCACCCACGACACCGGGACGCCACCCACGACACCGGGACGCCACCCACGACACCGGGACGCCACCCACGACACCGGGACGCCACCCACGACACCGGGACGCCACCCACGACACCGGGACGCCACCCACGACACCGGGACGCCACCCACGACACCGGGACGCCACCCACGACACCGGGACGCCACCCACGACACCGGGACGCCACCCACGACACCGGGACGCCACCCACGACACCGGGACGCCACCCACGACACUGGGACGCCACCCACGACACUGGGACGCCACCCACGACACUGGGACGCCACCCACGACACUGGGACGCCACCCACGACACUGGGACGCCACCCACGACACUGGGACGCCACCCACGACACCGGGACGCCACCCACGACACCGGGACGCCACCCACGACACCGGGACGCCACCCACGACACCGGGACGCCACCCACGACACCGGGACGCCACCCACGACACCGGGACGCCACCCACGACACCGGGACGCCACCCACGACACCGGGACGCCACCCACGACACCGGGACGCCACCCACGACACCGGGACGCCACCCACGACACUGGGACGCCACCCACGACACUGGGACGCCACCCACGACACUGGACGCCACCCACGACACUGGGACGCCACCCACGACACCGGGACGCCACCCACGCCACCUGCUGCUUAUUGUGUGUCGUGA